AUGCUGUUACUGUUAAGCCACGGUGCUGAUGUUAACGCUCAAGAUACAGAGCAAUGGACUCCAUUACAUGCGGCCGCAUGUUGUGCUCAUAUCAAUGUUGUGAAAAUCCUAAUAGCAAAUGGUGCAAAUUUAUUAGCCGUUAAUGCUGAUGGUAAUAUGCCCUAUGAUAUUUGUGAUGAUGAAACAACGCUUGACGCUAUAGAAAGUGAAAUGGCUGCUCGUGGUAUCACACAGGCCUAUAUCGAUGAUCAACGUGGUGCUCCUGAAAAGGCAAUGUUAGAUGAUAUGAAAAGCUUACAUCAACAAGGUUAUCCUCUUGAUGCACGUCAACCAGAUGGAUCCACUUAUAUGCAUAGCAGGUCUUAA